AUGGAGAGAUCUUUUGGUCUAGACUUCCAAGAAGUGAAAUCGCAUGACUUCUCAUUACCAAACGAACCUGCAGGUUCUCCAACUUUGAGGCUUCACGGAUUUUCUCAUUUCUUCUAUUCGGUGGGCGUUUUGAGCCCUGACAUUGCCAAAAUCCUUUCCAGAGGCCCAUGGGUUUUGUGGUCUAGCUUAGAAAACCAAAUCAUGCCUGCUUUUAAUUUCUUCAAAAGCUUCGUUGGGACUGUAGAGAAUGUUGUUAUUGGUCUAAAACGUCAAAAUAGUCUCAUCAAUUGUGAAACACAGAAUGGGGCUCGAAAUAUUGCAAUCUUGAGAGAAAACAGAGUGCCUGAGUCUAAUAUCGUGCGUUUACUAACCUACUAUCCCAAAACUAUCACAUCUAAAAAUGGCCGGUUCAAACAGAAAGUUGAGGAGAUUAAGAAAAUGGGUUUCGACCUUUCAAAAUUCCCGUUUAUGAUUGCUCUAUAUGUGUUUACGUCAGUGAACAAAUUGACAUGGAAGCUGAAAUUGGAGGCUUAUCGAAGGUGGGAUUUUUCUGAGGAUGAGAUUCUCAUGGCAUUUAGGAAGUACCCUUCUUUUAUGACAGCGUCUGAGAAGAAGAUAACAAGCCAUAUGGAUUUCUUUGUUAACAAAAUGGGUUGGGAACGGGAAGUUAUCAUCACACGCCGGCAACUUCUUGCGCUUAGCUUGGAGAAGAGGAUUCUUCCAAGGUGUUCAGUUUUACAAGUAUUGAUAUUGAAAGGUUUAGUGAAGGAAAAUCUUAAAAUGGUACAUCUGUUGAUAAAGAGUGAGAAGCAUUUCUUUGAAAAUUUUGUGAUCAUAUAUGAGAAAGAAGUUCCUCAUCUUUUGGAUUUAUACAAAGGAAAUACUAGUCUGCUAGGACUAGGAGAUGGAAUUGAGGAAAGAGAUGUUAUUAUUCUAGAUUUGAAUGGACCAACUGCUAUAGACUGGGGGAUUGUCUUAAAAUCAUUGAGCUUGGUUACCUCUAUUUUGGAAUACAUGAACCAUGUUCAGGAUGGUUCUAAUCAGAAGCCCUGUAAUGCCAAUUCAGCUGUUAAGAAGGCUGAGGAUGUGGUAAGCAGCAUGCUUGCUAAGGGGUUUGUACUGGGGAAGGAUGCCCUUAACAAGGCCAGGACCUUUGAUGAACGGCAUCACUUGACGUCAAAUGCCUCUGUUACUGUUUUGUCCCUUGACAGAAGGAUGGGCCUGAGAGAAAAGAUAACCAUUGGGACUACUUUGGUCAAUGAGAAGAUGAGGUUGGUGGAUGAGCGGUUCCAGGUGUCUGAGAAGACAAGAUCAGCCAUUGCAUUGGCUGAGCAGAAGGCAAGCAGUACAGGGUCAGCCCUGAUGGAGUAUCGCUACAUCUCGGGUGGUGCAUCAUGGGUGUCAAGUGCCUUGAGCAUGGUUGCCAAGGCGGCUGAGGACUUGAGCCAGAUGAUGAAGGACAAGGUUGAAAAAGCCGAGGAAGAGAAGAAGGAGAGUAUUUCUAGGCAGAGUACAGGGAUCCUUAACAACUACGCUCACAUCCACCUCGAUGAGCCUCCAAGAGGGGAGCCACCAGUGCCAGUUCAUGCAGCUGAUGAAGGUAAGCUUGGCAUCAUCUGAUUGCCGAGGUUUACACUCUUUUUUCAUUUUUUUCCCACUUCUUGUAUAGUCUUUUUGGGGAGUUCAAUUCUUAGCCUAGUUUGUUAUUGUUGGAUUGAAUUUGAUGUAGAUUGCUUAAUUGUUGUAGAAUUCACACCAUGUUGAUUCUUAUGAUAAUGAAUGCCCAUU